GUUGAAUCCAUGGCUACUCGUGCCUCAGGGUGUCCAUGGCUCCAUCUCCUCGCCAUCCUGUUUCUUCUCCCUUCCAUGUUCGGUGAGGCAAAGGCCGCAGCACGGCGAGGCACUUGGUUCACAGCCCAGACAGCAGCGCUGCUCCGAUGGAAAUCCAGCCUGACAAGCAUCAGCAGCGGUUCAGCCUUGAGCACCUGGAGCCCCGGCGUCCACCCCUGCAACUGGACGGGCAUCACCUGCCGCCGUGCAGCUCAAGGCCCGUCCAUCACUGGGGUCUCCCUCCGAGGAGCUGGACUCGCCGGGCGGCUGGACGUGCUCAACUUGCAGCCGCUGUCCUUGCUCACCAGCCUUGACAUCAGCAACAACUUCCACCUCUCAGGACGGAUUCCACCGACCGUCGGCAUGCUCCCCAUGCUUUCCAUGCUGAACUUCUCCGGUAACCAGCUCACCGGAGGCAUACCUCCGGCCAUCGGAGAGCUGGGGAGCCUCACCGUGAUGGACCUCUCCUUCAAUGGCCUCUCAGGUACCAUUCCUGCAAACAUUGGCAGGCUUCAGUCCUUGCAAAGUCUCCGGUUAUACCAUAACAACUUAACCGGAAUUAUUCCUCCUUCCCUCACCAACCUAACUUUGCUCAGAGAUUUAAGUCUGUUCACAAACCAUCUUACUGGUUCGAUCCCCAUAGAGCUAGGGAGACUCACGGCUUUGGAAGAGCUAGAUUUAGCUGAUAAUUAUCUGACCGGUACUAUUCCGAGCAGCAUUGGAAACCUUACUAAACUAGGCUACUUAGGACUAUCCCAAAACUUACUUAUUGGUUCCAUUCCUCACGAGAUCACACACCUUAAUAAUCUUACCGUGCUCAUGAUAUCACAAAAUCAAUUCACGUCCACUAUCCCUGCAGCAAUCACAAACUUAACCAAGUUGCAACUGCUAGGAGCCAGCAGGAGCAACUUAAGUGGCCACAUUCCUGAACAAAUAGGAUCACUCACUGAUCUUCGUGAGGUCUACCUUUUCGGUAAUAAACUUACCGGGAGCAUUCCUCUGAGUCUCGGAAAUUUGACGAUGCUCACAUAUCUGUACCUUUACGAGAACAACUUGUCUGGGUCCAUUCCUUAUGUGCUAGGGAAUCUUGCAAACCUUCAGGAGCUUAGCCUCUCCUCCAAUGCUUUAGAUGGUGAUCUGCCAUCUAGCAUAGGAAACAUGACUUCUCUCACCUCCCUUCGCCUUCAAAACAAUAGCUUUUCUGGCACAAUCCCGGCUGAGCUAGGCAAUCUAGGGAAUUUAGUGAAUCUUUACCUCUACUUCAACAAGUUCUCUGGCUCAGUCCCUCCAAGCUUUGGAAACUUCAGGGAAAUCACAGAUUUGAGGCUGUCAGGCAAUAGACUGUCUGGACCUUUGCCUCACACAUUUUCAAACCUCACCAAUUUAGUGGACAUUGAGUUGAGUUACAACAAUCUCAGCGGACAGGUGCCUGACUUAUGCCAGGGCAAAAAACUCCAAUGGUUUUCCGCAACUACCAACCAAUUUAGUGGAUCCUUUCCAGGAAGUUUCAAGGACUGCAGCUCCUUAGUCAUCCUCGACAUCAUGUACAAUCAGAUGGAUGGAGAUAUAGCACAACAGCUUGGGGUGUACCCACAUCUGAAAUUUGUUGGGUUAACUUCAAACAAACUGCACGGUCAGCUUUCAACAGAUUGGGGUUCAUGCGGUAACUUGACAGAACUGCGUUUAGGAGGAAACGUGAUUACUGGUCAUAUACCUCGUGAGCUCACAAAGCUAACCAAACUCAGAAAACUCGACCUCCAUUUGAAUAGGUUGACAGGGGAGAUACCUCCUGAAAUUGGCAAACUAGUCAACCUAUAUUUGCUAGACUUAAGCCAAAAUGAUCUAUCUGGAAGCAUUCCUCAAAACAUUGGUCAAAUGGAUGUUCUUGAGGUUCUCGACCUGUCAAGCAAUCAACUAGAUGGAAGAAUACCAGAAGAAGUUGGGAAAUGUGCGAGACUACAGUCCAUGAAACUGAACAACAACAACAGCUUAAACGGCAGCCUUCCUGGUUCCAUAGGCAAACUGAUUCACCUACAGACAACACUUGAUGUCAGCCAUAACAACCUAGAUGGUGCCAUUCCUCCAGAAAUAGGAAAUCUAGAUAUGUUGGUAAGCAUAAACCUCUCCCACAAUCAAUUCAGUGGAAGCAUUCCUGCCACGGUAGCAGGACUCCGAAGCAUGUCCGUAUUUGAUGUGUCCUACAACAGAUUACAAGGCACAGUUCCGGGAAGGAUCCAUAAUUCCUCGGCAGAAUGGUUUGUUCACAAUAGAGGUCUCUGCGGGGAGCUGGCUGGCCUUCCGUCUUGUCAUUCUUCUGCUGCAAAUCAUCAGAAAAAGGACCACAUCCUCAUGUUAAAAGUGGGUGUCCCUGUUUUUGUGGCUAUUACUUGUAUAGCUGCAUGCAUCUUCUUCGUUUUGAUUUUGAGGAAGAAAUCCUCUUCUAGAGAAAGUGCCAUUGUAAAGAGAGGGGACCUCUUCUCCAUAUGGAACUUCGAUGGUAAAAUAGCUUUUGAGGAUAUCAUCAAUGCAACGGAUAAUUUUGAUGAAAAACAUUGCAUUGGAGAGGGGGGAUUUGGUAAUGUCUACAAGGUGGAUCUCCCAGAUGGACAAGUGGUUGCAGUGAAGAAGCUUCAUCCUAUUGAGGAAGGGAUGCAUGAUGAGCAAUGCUUUCGUCGUGAGAUUGAAGUACUAACAAAAGUCCGUCAGCGCAGCAUUGUCAAGCUGUAUGGAUUCUGUUCCCAUACGCAGUACAGGUUCCUGGUUUGCCAAUACAUAGAAAGGGGGAGUCUAGCCUCAAUCCUGAACAACAAUGACCAAGCAAUCCAAGUUGAUUGGCAGAAAAGAGCAAUUCUCAUCAAGGAUGUUGUGCAAGCUAUUUCCUACCUACACCAUGGCUGUGAUCCACCUAUAAUCCAUCGGGGCAUAACGAGUAGCAACAUUUUGCUAGAUUCUGAAUACAAGGCCUUUGUCUCGGACUUUGGCACGGCAAGGAUAUUGAAGCCCGAUUCAUCGAACUGGACCGCGCUGGCGGGGACAUACGGCUACAUCGCACCUGAACUUUCUUACACGCCCUUGGUCACCGAGAAAUGCGAUGUCUACAGCCUCGGCGUUGUGAUGCUGGAGGUGCUGAUGAGGAAGCAUCCAGGAGAAUUACUAAACAGACCUGCAGCUGCGCAAGAACAAGACAUGAUACUUCAAGAGCAUCUCGACCGCCGUCUUCCCACGCCCAAGACCGACGAGGCGCAGGAUAUCAAUCGGCUAAUAUCGGUGGCGUUUCAGUGCCUACAAGAUUCCCCUCAUGAGAGGCCAGACACGCAGCAGAUCCAUCGAGCUCUCGGUGUAUGAAUGGAUCCUGAUUCCCUGAGUUGCAUAAAUUGUGGUCACAUACUAGUACAGUAGUACUGCACUGAACAUGCUCGGCCGAGCGAAUCUUCAAGUCUUGAUGAUUAAUAAGCUGUAAAUCAGGUAGGCACGACGAGCAAAAGAUUGAUGCAUUGCAUUGUUAUAUGGUCG